AUGUUUGUACCAUGUAUCGUACACAUUGAUGGAAUGACAUGCCAAAGCUGUGUUAGCACGAUCCAGAAUACAUUACACUGUGUUAACGGCAUCUUCGUUGUAGACAUCAAUUUGCAAGAAAAGCAGGCCCUAAUAAUACAUUCUCCAACUCAAAUAUCUGUGGACGAAGUCACAGAAGUAAUAUCAGGCAUUGGAUUUGAUGCUCACUUCAUGACAAAUCGUAUCGAGACCUCGUCGAAAAGAGGAUCCAUAGUUCCAUCCGUCUCAUCUGCAGAGUCCCACCCAAGCGAAAUCCGCCACCAGUCUUUCAGAUUUUAUUCAUCCGAUGUUGCAAUAAUUUCUCAAUACUUAUAUACUCUUCCAGGAGUUAUUUACUUCUCAAUAUUCGAGAAAGAAAGUAGGAUUGAUCUUUGGAUUCUUUCGAAUAGCCUAAUUGAUCAGGAACUUUUAUGCAAGCUGAAUAAACAAGGAUUUAGAGUAGUCUUAGCCGACUCCAGUGUAGCUGAGUCCACCUCGGCAGAGUUCGAUCCCUUGAAUUCAUCGCUGCGUUUACCAGGCAACAAAGCCUACCUAAUAGUCGACGCUCUUCCAUCCCCGGAGAUUGAGGAAUUGCGACGGCGUCUCAAUCUUGCUUCUUUAAGUAGUCUCGCAGUCUGUCGUGUGGGGCAGGCGUACUGUCAUCUUGUUACACUUUCUAAAGGCCUCGAUACCCGUUCUAUUGCUGAUAUUCUAACCGGCAAUGGAUUUCCGUCUGCUAGGAUUGCCUCCGUCGGCACAGGUUUUGAGGUUUAUGUCUCCAUCUACGGUGUAUGCUGUAAGGUCUGUGAGGACGAGGUUUUGAAUGUCCUUAGGCACACACUUCCCGAUGACGCAUUCCAAGUGUUAAUGGACCAAGACGAAAUUAUUCUAGCUUCUCAUUCUUCGAUACCCUCGGCUACAGACUUUCUGGCAGGGCUUCACUUGACCCAACUGCACAAUGCAAUCACACAUCUCGGGUAUAGCUGUCAUCUGCGUGACCUCUCAGGCAUCCACUGUCCUUCAAAGCCGGACGAUUUCAGCACAUCUGUUACCGAAAAUGGCCGAACGACUUUGAAGUCACCAGUUCUUUCCGAAGAAGUUAAAGUUGGAGAAAUGACGACAAUAGACUUGGAACCGCCAAUUCAUGCCCUGAAGUGCUGCCACCUACGUGUCACAGGCAUGACUUGCAGCAGUUGCGUCCAAACUGUUGAAAACGCCCUUUUAAAGUUACCGGGUGUGAGAUCCGCGACGGUUGGUUUACUUUCAAUGAAGGCUGACAUCAUCUACGAUCCGACACUCAUCCAGCCCUCCGCUCUGACAAGGCAAAUCAAUGAGCUCGGAUUCUCCGCACAGAUUCUUGAGGUGAGGCGAGCUGCCGAAAUACAUGGUGAUGAAGGCACCCAAACUCUGGAAGUCACCAUAUUAGGAAUGACCUGCAGCUCUUGUGUAAAUUCAAUUGAGACAGCAAUCAAAAAGUUACCCGGUGUCACCUCGGCUUCUGUAGCCCUUGCAACAAAACGUGGGAAGGUGGUUUUCGAUUCCCGUAUUGUCGGAGCACGAUCUAUCCUAAAGACUAUCGAGGAUAUGGGCUUCGAUGCGUCCGUCUACAAGCCGGAAUUCAAAUCCACUGAAGAUUUUGACGAGACUAAAAGAUGGCGUUGUGUCUUUCUUACCAAUCUGGCCUUCGGUUUGCCAACCAUGUUCGCCAUGAUGCUCUUCAUGCUAAUUUGGCCGCAUAGUCCGGUUGGCGGCUACUGUCAUCCACGAUCCUAUAACACUUCAAAAGAGACGUCUCCGACCCACUCACAGCCAAUGCUCUUGCCUGGUCUCUCAUGGGAGAAUUUCAUUCUCUGGCUUCUGGCUACUCCUGUUCAGGCAAUCAGUGGUCGGAAUUUCUACAUACGUGCCUACAACUCAUUGAAGCACGGUAUGGCCAACAUGGAUGUCCUCCUCGUUAUGGCCUCGGGAGUUGCUUACACCUACUCCGUGGUUGUAGUCCUCAUCGCCAUGAUACAACAAUGGCCCACCAGUCCACGCACCGUCUUUGAAACCACUCCUAUGCUCUUCCUCUUCAUCUCUCUUGGAAGGUGGCUUGAAAACCUAGCUAAGGAAAGGACAUCGGAAGCUGUCUCCAAACUGUUGUCACUUCAAGCCAAAGAGGCCACGCUAAUGGAACCACAAAGCGGUGCUUUAAAUGAGGCUUUCAGUGGGGAGCAACUAACCAUCGACACUCUCCAGAACUACCAGGAACGAUGCAUAUCUGUCGAACUGGUUCAACGUGGUGACAUUAUUAAAAUAUUACCUGGUGAGAAAGUGCCUGUGGAUGGUCGCGUGAUAUUUGGCAUCUCCUCCUGCGAUGAGUCUCUGCUGACGGGAGAAUCUAUGCCUGUUCCUAAGACUGUUGACAACAUUGUAGUCGGUGGUGCAAUAAACCUCACCGGCCUUCUCUACAUCCAGGCAACACACAUUGGCAGUGAAUCCGCCCUCGCACAGAUUAUCGCUCUAAUUGAGGAUGCUCAGUCCUCCAAGGCUCCGAUACAACAGUUGGCUGAUCGUAUCUCUGGCUUCUUUGUGCCCUGUAUUAUUCUCCUCUCGUUAGCAUCUCUAAUAUUUUGGAUUGUGCUUGGAUUCUGUCGAUCAUCUUCUAUUCGUGGGUACACUGUAAGCAUCGUUUUCCCUCUCCUCCUGCCCCCCUUCGCCUUCUCUCCGGAGUGCUCUCUGGUCGGUGCCGUGUUGGAUCAAGCGUUCCGAGUGGCUGUCAAUGUGCUCACAAUCGCCUGCCCCUGUUCUCUCGGUUUGGCCACGCCCACUGCUGUAAUGGUAGGCACCGGUGUUGGAGCGCUUCAUGGUAUCCUCAUUAAGGGUGGUCAACCGCUGGAAAAUCUACGCAAGGUUUCUACUAUCCUCUUCGAUAAGACUGGAACAAUCACCAUGGGUCGUCCUCAAAUCUCACGAAUAGUCAUGUUUAUGCCUGCAACGCCUUCCAAUCCUGAAUCAAAAAACCAAAAAGUUGAUCCACACGCACUUACUUCACCAAGUCGUCUCCUCUACAUGGUUGGUAGUGCGGAGUCCACAGCUCAACAUCCAAUUGCAACAGCUAUUGUUCGCAUGCUUCGCAGUGCUCAAUCCGCCUUCAGUGAUCAGCCAAACGGGAGCAUUUGGAAGUCAGAGUUUGCCAAGGUGAUCAAUGCAGAGACUUCACCGGGCUAUGGAAUGUCCUGUGAUGUCAUCGUGUCUCCGGAGGACUGCCCUAGCGGACCUGAACUACCUCGACCUACUCGUUUGCCAUCAGAUAGACAGUCAGUUCAACAGACCCAACUCUACGCUGACUACGAUGCUGCUCUGCGAAUGGAACUGAACUACUACUCAGUGAGGUGGAACUCGGACAAUUCACCACUUUCUUGGGCUAAUGUGACUCAAGGCGGCACCUACCAUCUGCUCAUAGGCAAUCAGAGGUGGAUGCAGAAGAACGCUGUCGCCAUUCCAUUGAUGGAUUUGGAUUCUGUCGUACGAAUGGAUGAGGAGGAGGGACGCACUGUAGUUCAUGUGGCAGUCGAUGGUCGUCUGGUUGCUCUCAUAACAAUUGCUGAUCCGAUCAAACCUGAGGCUGCUCUAACUGUUGCAGCCCUCAAAGUCAUGGGGAUUCACGUGGCUCUCUUAACUGGUGACAAUACUCGAUCUGCCACCUCCAUCGCGAGAAAGGUCGGUAUCCGUGAUGUCUACAGCGAGGUGAUUCCUGCACACAAGGCUAUGCAAGUUAGGCAGAUACAGACCCGACAUGUCAAAGCAAGUGGUAAUGGACUCUCGAAGUUGAACCAAACGGCGAUGAAAAAUGGUAAGGUGGAGGGAGACACGCACUGCAGCGGUGAACGAGUGGCAUUUCUUCAAUCCUCAAAGCACCCUGACACCUUGGAUCAAACGGCUGAAACCUCUUUCCUGGAAUACUCCUAUUCUGACACUGAUGAUGAUAGUGAGGCCUCCCUCUACCUAUAUCCCGGUGAUCUCGGAGUACCGAUCGAGAGAUCUGGCCGCAAAAGAUUCUUCGAUGACCGUAAGGGGAAAUAUACCUACAUUGGCCAACGCAACAAACGCCAGUGGCGUAAUCGCCGAUGUUUCUGCGCUUGGUGUGGAAUCUGCCCGACCGCCCCGAGGCAGCGAAAACGAGAAUUCGUCGCAAUGGUUGGCGAUGGAAUUAAUGAUAGUCCGGCACUCUCUCAAGCCGACGUUGGAAUCGCCAUCGGUUGUGGUGCCGAUGUUGCUGUGGCUACAGCAGACGUCGUUUUGGUGCGUAAUGACCUCGUAGAUGUAGUGGCUGCUAUUUCUCUUUCGAGGGCUACAGUGCGUCGCAUUCGUCUCAACUUCUUUGCUGCUCUGAUCUACAAUGCCCUCGCCAUUCCAGUUGCGAUGGGAUUCCUUAUCCCCAUUGGAAUUGAAUUUGCGCCAUGGAUGUCGUCCGCAGCUAUGGCCACGUCCUCCGUCACCGUUGUUUGUCUUUCACUCCUGCUCAAGCGAUGGAAGAAGCCCACGGAAGCAUCGCUCGUGUCGCAGAAAUACUUGAGGCUAUUGACAAACAGCGGCCUCACCAUCGAUCAGGUACGAGUAAAACGCGACAACACUCCGAACAAGUAA